GCCUCCGCGGCCCCGCAGGUGUGCGCCCCCGUCGCGCUGCCGGAGCUCCGCGCUAAGCCUCCUCCAGGUGGACACCGAGGUGUAGCCGCCGCCCUCCCCGCCGUCGGGACGCGCCCCCCACCUGGGUUUGGGCAGAGGCAUGGAGCCGGUCAGCAGCCCGCUGACCACGCAUGUGCUGGACACUGCCUCAGGGCUCCCGGCCCAGGGCGUCUGUCUCCGCCUGUCCAGGCUGGAGGACCAUGGCCAGCAGUGGAUGGAGCUGAGGAAGAGCUACACCGACUCAGAUGGCCGCUGCCCGGGGCUCCUGCCACCAGGCCCGAUGAAGGCAGGCACCUACAAGCUGUCCUUUGACACUGACGGCUACUGGAAGAAGAGGGGGCAGGAGAGCUUCUACCCAUAUGUGGAGGUGGUUUUCACCAUCACCAAUGAGACCCACAGGUUCCACGUGCCCCUGCUGCUGAGCCCAUGGUCCUACACCACGUAUCGCGGGAGCUAGUGGCCGAGCCAUCGCCUCUGGACAGCUGCUGGCCUGUGAGCGUCAGUCCCAUCCCCGUGGCUCACUGAGACACCCCAGCGGAGGGCACCAGCUCACACUCCCUGGGGGAGAUUCUGGCCCCCAGUUUCCAGUAGCAGCUGAGUCUCCGGCAUCAAUAAAGUCAGUGCUGGCAUCUGCAA